GGGCAAAAAGUGUACGCGCAGGCUCAUUACCUCUUCUUCUAAGAAUCUAAAGCUGCCUCUGGUCUGGUCCGACUACGGUUUGCUCUCAGUUUCUCCCUCGUUUCUCUCUGUGCAAAUCCCAAUCCAACCCACAAUCCAUCGACCCAAUGGUGCCACCACCCAACUACCAAGAUACCCAGCAAUUCCUCUCCUCAGUCCUCUCUCAACGCGGCCCCUCGGCCCUCCCUUACACUGAAGACACAAAAUGGCUAAUCCGCCAGCACCUCCUCUCCCUCAUCGCCGCUUACCCUUCUCUCGAAUCCAAAGCGGCUACUUUCACACACAACGACGGUCGUUCUGUUAACCUCCUCCAAGCUGACGGCACCAUCCCCAUGCCGUUUCAGGGGGUCACUUACAACAUUCCGAUCAUCAUCUGGCUAAUGGAGUCUUACCCCCGCCACCCGCCUUGUGUCUAUGUGAAUCCCACGCGCGACAUGAUUAUCAAGCGGCCUCACCCUUAUGUUAACCCUUCUGGUUUGGUCUCCGUCCCUUAUUUGCACAAUUGGAUCUACCCUAGCUCUAAUCUCGUCGAUCUAGUUCGUGAAUUAAGCCCCAUUUUUGGCCGUGAUCCUCCUCUCUAUUCUCAACGCUGUGCAAACCCUAAUCCUAGUCCUAGCCAUCCCAGCCCCAAUUAUGCUGCGAAUCCAUCAAAUUUAUCGCACUCUUCGAGUUUCGGAUCCGUAGGUCCUACUGGAGGGCAUGUUGGAUAUCCGCGUCCGAUGAAUAGGCCCUACCCACCAUCGCCGUACGUCGGUAGUAGUGGUGGUGCGCCAGGGCGGCCACAAACGGAGGAUUCUGCGGAGGUUUAUAAGAGGAAUGCGAUCAAUAAGAUUGUGGAGACCGUUCAUGGGGACAUCAUGCAACUGAGGAAAGCAAGGGAGGUGGAGAUGGAGGGUUUAUUCAGUGCGCAGGCUGCAUUGAGGACGAGGGAGGAGGAGAUUAAUAAGGGGCUUAAGGAGAUGCAAGAGGAGAAGGAGGGGUUGGAGGCGCAAUUACAACUUGUAUUGAUGAAUACAGAUGUCCUAGAGGCGUGGGUUAGAGAAAACGAUGGGAAAAUGAAAGUGAAUAAAGGGAAUUUGGAUGUGGACAGUGUGCUUGAGUGCAUUGAUUCUCUAUCAAAGCAGAUGUUGGACCGUACAUCAACUGAUUUAGCAAUUGAGGAUGUUGUUUAUUCCUUAGAUAAGGCAGUGCAGGAAGGUGCAGUGCCCUUUGAUCAGUACUUGAGGAACGUAAGGUUGUUGUCAAGGGAGCAGUUUUUCCAUCGGGCUACUGCCGCGAAAGUUAGGGCCGUGCAGAUGCAGGCUCAGGUUGCCAGUAUGGCUGCUAGAGCGCCACAUUAUGCUUCUUGAAUGAUUAAUGGCGUUUGUGCUACAUUUUGUGACAAUUCGAGGGAUAUUGUAAGAGAUAUAGUUUAAGGUUAGAUUCUUGUUAAGAAAUAUUAUUAUAUACUUUCCAUUUUUUUUUUUUAACUUGCUGUUAAUAAAUUGCUGCUUAUUGAAUUGUAUGGAUAGGAAAAUAAUGCAAGUUUCUGUGAAUUAUAUUGCUAUCAA